AUGUCUGAGGUAAAACAACGUUGUCAACUCGAAGGCUGUACUCGUGCAGCCUCUACGCGCUGUUAUUGCUGUAACAAAAGUGUUUGUACGCGACACUUUACUGAACAUAUCGAGGCUGUACGAGCACAGAUCGAUCCUUUAGCUGAUGAAAUCAAUAGGACGGUUGAGAAGAUUCAAGGUCUCACCAUCGAUCAUCUCACCAAAACACCUCGAGCCCAGCUUGAUCAAUGGAAAGCUGGUAUGUAUCAGCUUGUCGAUGACAUUUAUUUCGAAAAAAGCCAAGAGAUGGACACUCUAAUUGAGCAGAAUAAAGAAGAGUUUGUCGAUCAUAAAAAACAACAUCUGGAGAUGAUCAUGAAGAUCCAAGAUGAUGUCAAACAAUUGGUCGAAGAUGGCGAUGCAACGUUUGAGCAAGUUCAGCUCGUCAAAGCGCAGUUAAUUAAUGUCGAGACAGCUAUGGGGUUAUUUCAAGAAAAUUUCAUCUGCAUCGAUGCUCAAAUUUCUGGGCGAGAUCUCUUAAAAGUGUGGUCCAACUUGAAUAAGUUACAAGUAAUUCGACCUAAGAGCAGUGUAAAAAAACCGGCCUCUUCAAAUGUAAACGAUCAUGCAAAUAAGAAGACCAAUGAGAGACCGCAUGCCGCACAAGCUCCAUCAUCAAUUUUUAGCAGCGGAUUCGGAUGCUCUCCGCUGGGAAAUCCAAAACCUACGCUUUUCAGCCCUACUACAUCAACAACAACCGCACCAUCUUCGAGGUUUGCUUUUGGAGCUUCAGCGGACGGCGCAGUUACGUCUGUACCCUUCGGUUCAGCCCCAACAACAACACCCUCAAUGUUUGCUGCACCCUUUGGUUCAGCCCCAACAACAACACCCUCAAUGUUUGCUGCACCCUUUGGUUCAGCCCCAACAACAACACCCUCAAUAUUUGCUGCACCCUUCGGUUCAGCCCCAACAUUUGGUGCUAUUAAAAGUGAAACUUCUGGCUUUUCAUUCUGUUCAAAACCGUCGGUCACGCCUACCUUUACAGUUUCAACCUUUGGAAAUCAAGAUGUAACCAUAAAGGCCAAACCGCGGCAGCAAAAAAAUUAA